AUGACUCCAGAGAUGAUGCAUCAAAGGUUUAUGGAGCUAGAACAUCAUAUCGCUACACAGGUGGCACGGUUUGAACAUGCUCUACAGAUGAUAAGUGAUCAGAACAUGAACUCAGGAAAUACUUGUGCUAGUGGAUCAAUGGUGAGGGGAAACAGUACAGCAACAGGGACGACACCUGCAGAAGUACCUCCGGUUAACAUGAUAAACAACCCAUUAUAUAACGCUGUAUUCCAAACAUCUGCAACAGAUACUCCGGUACAGAAUACCAGAACAGGAGCAAAUAAUAACAGGUUACAAAUUGUUGCAAAUAUGGCAGGGCAUGGGUUGCACAGUUGGUAUUAUCCAAUAGUUCUGAGUCAACCUGCACUUAUUUUGCCACCCAGGAAUUUCACGUAUGAUGGGCUAUCAGCAGGUACUAGUGCAGCUACAAAUUUGGAUGAUCCAUAUAUACCUCAAGGAUCUGGUGUAGUUGUUAAUCCACAAAUUGUUCCACUGCAUCAAACUCUAGAGGAAAACAUAGAGGAACAACAGUGGAUGGAAUAUGAAGCAAAUCAAAUUCUGAAUCGCAAUAAGGCACAGGCUGUUGGCCGUCCUUAUGGAAAUCAAAAUGGUGGAAAUGUCACUUGGCAUAAUCCACAGCAACAACGAUUUUUUGGCCAAAAGGGUGGACGUCACCGAGUGGAUAUCGGUAAUGAAUUUCGACAAGAACUAGACGCAACAGUGAAUGCCAAUCAGCAACAUGAUUUUGAAGUAGGAGUUGAACAAACUCUGAAUGUUGAAGAAACAUUUUUAAGGAUGGUCGAGCAUAUGUUUUUAGGGAAAGAUGAGAGGAGACCUGAGAAUCACAUAAGUUUAUUCAAGUUACAAUGUGGUUUAGUAAGCAACAACGCCAUAAUUAAGUUGCGUUUGGUUCCUUAUUCCUUGAAGGGAACUGCCUUUGAUUGGGAUGCUGCACGAUUGUCAAUCGUGGACUUGUCGGAGAUUCGGCAAAAGUUUGGAGAAAAUGCAGAAGCAUGCUUAAUUCGGUUCCGCCAGAUGUAUGCUAAAAUACCUGACAAGUAUGAAGAACCAACUAUUGUUAAAACGAGCGUCGCAGGAAUUCAAGAUUACAAGAAGAUGAUAGAUGAUGGUAAUGUGAUAGUGGAAGAUCCAGUUGAGAUGAAUACCAAUCCUUUUCCAACGCAACACCAAGUCCGAAUUGUUGACUUAGGGUUCGGAGGUCAUGCCCCUGAUAUAUGUUUGAUAACAGGAUGUGAGGAUUGUAAUAAAGUCUUCAGUCAAGUGAAAUGUCAGCUUCAAGAGUUAGACAUGGGUGCCGAAAGAAACGCACUUAGAUCAGAUUCUAUUUUGAGUGCAUUGAAUCAACAUCAACACCCAAAUGCGCAGCAUUCAGAAGAGCAACAUGUGACUACUCCGUCUCCAAGGCAUUUACCAGUGCAGUCGAGAUUGGGGAAGCCAAUGCACGCUGAACGGGUUAAUGAUCAACAUACCAGUCAGAAUCACCGCCAGUCGGUAUGGCAACGGAUUGGAUGA